AUGGCUCUCCCUCACGCUGCCGCUCGAUCUGAUAUUCUCAUCAUCGGCGCCGGCAUAUUUGGCACUAGUACAGCGUAUCAUCUCUCCCUCGAAAACGCCGACCCCAGCUCGAUAACUGUCCUCGACCGCUCGCCCUUCCCGCCUCACCAUGCCGCAUCCACCGACAUCAACAAGAUUGUGCGCGCAGACUACAGCACACCGUUCUAUAUGGACCUCGCAUAUGAGGCCAUUCAUGCAUGGAAGACUUGGCCUGUCCUCCAGGGAAAGGACGGUCAGCGCUUCUUUCACGAGAGCGGGUGGGUGAUGUUGAGCGACAAGGGGAGCGAUCUUGCGGAGCGAAUACGGGCAAAUCUUCGAGCGCGGGGAAGCGAUUCGACAAGCGACAUAGAGAUUGAUGGCAAUCUCAGGGAGAGGUGGGAUGGUUUGCUACGGGAGACAAGUUUCGAUGACCCAAAGAUUGAGAAGGGUUAUUGGAAUCCUGAGGCUGGAUGGGCAGACGCUGGGGAUGCUGUGGCGAUGAUGAUGGAGGAUGCAGUGGGUAGGGGCGUCAAGUAUGAAUGCGGCGAUGUCGAAUUGCUGUUAUUAAGUGAGAAUGGAAUUAAAGGUGUACAGACUCAAGACGGCAAGAUCUACGAGGCGGACAAGAUACUACUUGCUACUGGUGCUUGGACGUCUCAGCUACUGUGUGAAGUCGAGGGCAUCCUAAACAUAAAAGAUCGCGAUACGAUCGAGAAGCAAGUCACGGCUGCUGGAGUCUGCGUCGUGCAUUAUGGGUUAAAUGACGAGGAGUACGAGAGGCUCAAGGAUAUGCCAGUGAUCGUAUAUGGAGACAGAGGAGAGGUGCUACCGCCUCCGAAUGGAAGCCGCAUGUUGAAAUUUACUAAUGCGCGAUCGUUCACGAAUACGAUUAGGACCGCGGACCGGCAUCGGCUCUCGAUACCUCCUGAGACGACACAGACCAACGUCUCAUCUCAUCUACAAUCCGAGACCUUGGAAUCUAUCGUGUCCAAAACCAUCCCAAGUUUUGCAUCGCGAGACCCAGAAUACUGGCGUCUGUGCUGGGACGCCAUCACUCCCUCGCAGGACCAACUCAUCACACAACAUCCACACCCUCAGCUCAACAAUCUUUAUCUAGCUGUAGGUGGCAGUUUCCAUAGCUGGAAGUUCUUGCCUACUGUCGGCAAAUAUGUAGUGAACGUGCUGAAUGGCAUAAGCAAUGGGGAAGAGAAAGAUGGGCGAUGGGGUUGGAAGGAUGAAAACACUCCGGGACGCGGUGCGCAUGAGAAAGUUGUGCCUAAGCGCGAACUGAACGAGCUGAACAUUGGUACUCCAUCCUGA